CCAGAGGUUAACGAUACCUCGUCUCACUUCCAGACCCCACCGCUGAGGUAUGAUAUCGUGCGGAACUAUACCGCCGAUUACGAUAAGGCGCUCAUAUUCAACAAAGUUCACCACGAGUUGAAUCAGUUUUGCUCAAUACAUUCACUCCAAGAGGUUUACAUCGAUCUCUUCGAUCAGAUCGACGAGAAUCUGAAGACCGCACUCCAGAGGGAUCUCAAUGAGUUCGCGCCCGGACUCUCCGUACAGGCCGUACGGGUGACCAAACCUAAGAUACCGGAGACUAUUCGCCGCAAUUACGAGCUUAUGGAAGGCGAGAAGACAAAACUGAUGAUUUCGGUGCAGCGGCAGAAAGUGGUGGAGAAGGACGCGGAGACGGAGAGGAAGAAGGCGAUCAUAGAGGCGGAGAAGAACCAACAGGUGGCCAAAAUCACGUUCGACCAGAAGAUCAUGGAGAAGGAGUCGCUGAAGAAGAUGUCGAUCAUCGAAGACGACAUGUUUUUUAAUCGCGAAAAAAUGAGAGCCGACGCCGAGUACUACACGAAGGAGAAGUUGGCCGAAGGGAACCACUUGUUGCUCACCAAAGAGUAUCUGCAGCUCAAGAAGUACGAGUCGGUGUCGCAGAACACGAAGAUCUACUUCGGGACAGACAUUCCGCAGAUGUUUUACGAGAGAGCGUCCGAUGGCUUGGAUGGAGGGUUCGGCCCGCGAGUGGUCGCCGCCAAUAAUAAGGCCGGUUUGGACGCCGAUAAGGCCGCCAAACAAAGCGGGCAUGUGAACCAUCAGGACAUUGAACAGGACAUCAGUAAACGCUAUAAUCAUAAUAAUAAG